AUGCGAGGAACGUUGGUAUUCUCGGGCACUUCGUGCCCAGCUCUCACGGGCAAAAUAUGUGAGAACUUGGGCAUGACUCCGGCUGAGGCCGACCUAUCUCAAUUUUCAAAUGGCGAGACGAGCGUCCGGAUUCUGACCAGUGUCCGAGACAAGGAUGUGUUCGUUGUGCAAUCUGGAAGUCCCACCAUCAAUGACACCAUCAUGGAACUACUUAUCAUGAUUUCCGCCUGCAAAGGUGGCUCUGCGAAUAAGAUCACUGCUGUUCUGCCGUAUUUCCCUUAUAGCCGUCAAUCUAAGAAGAAAUCGCAUCGGGGAGCCAUAACCGCUCGAAUGCUAGCAAAUUUGCUUCACGUGGCUGGUGUGAAGCAUGUCAUCACGGUCGAUUUGCACGCCUCCCAGAUGCAAGGAUUCUUCAAGUGUCCUGUUGACAACCUCCAUGCCGAGCCCCUCAUAGCACGCUGGAUUCGAAUGAAUAUUCCAAACUGGAAGGAAGCUGUCGUUGUAUCCAAGAAUGCUGGUGGCACAAAAAGAGUAACAUCAUUGGCUGAUGCGUUGAAACUUAACUUCGGGUUGGUUACUACGGACCGCAAACGUGCCCCCGAUAUGUCUACGAGUAUGAUCAUGAACCAGCUCGAUGGUUGGGACAACCCCCCUGGCUAUGUUAAUGGCGUUCAGCGUUCGAGAGCCAUCUCGGAAGAUAGGGAUUCGGAUGGGAAUGGCUCAGCAAGAUCGUCGCGGGUUGCUGGCGAAUCCCAAGGUUCCCCCAAGCGUGCAACUGCGCCUCCAUUGCGGACUAACAGUCUAACACGGUCGCCGUAUACGCGAGCAUAUACCCCCUCACAAACGUCUCCUAUCGAGGAGCUGAAGGAUGAGGAUGAGAACCUUGAUGAAGUCCAAGUUUAUAACGACGAACGUGCCCAGGAAGUGACUCAUGGAAGGUUAGUCCAAGGUCACGUUGUAGCAGACGAUUUCCAGUCGGCACCCCAGUCAGAUGGCAGUGCGGAUGGGAGCCAGUCCUACCAAGGUGGCGACGAUGAUCCUAUGGCAAUGUCACAUGCUUCGUCAUUCUUCGCACCCGAACCGCAUGCCCUUGGAGGCUCAGGCGAUGUCGGAGCAUCGUCUGACGAAGAGGAAGAAAAACUCCAGGAUCCCAAGAUUGAACACAUGAUCACACUGGUUGGCAAUGUUAAGGACCGCCCAGUCCUGAUCGUCGAUGAUAUGAUCGACAAGGCUGGUUCGUGGAUUGCUGCAGCUGAGACAGUCGUUAAGCGAGGCAGAGCGAAGAAAGUAUAUUGCAUGGCCACUCAUGGAGUAUUUGGGACAGACUGCCUCGAGCAGCUACAAGCUUGCGAUUGUAUCGACCAGAUUAUCGUAACUAACAGCUUCCCAAUACCGGACCAGAGGGCCAAAAACGCAAGUAAGUUGGUGAUCCUUGAUCUCUCCUAUUUAUUGGCCGAAGCCAUUCGAAGAAAUCAUUACGGCGAAUCCAUCUCGCCCUUGUUCCAGCAUAUGGCCGAUUAG